UUUGAAAAUUGUCACAGGAAACAGUUGAUGAUUAGCGCCAACUUUGGGAGCAGAUGGACGGAAAAUAGUUUUGGAGCGCAAAGCCAUCAAGCGUGGAGCUCGGGACUAACAGCUAUGCAUUUCCAGGAGUGGUUACAAUCACUUCGAUCCCACGCAGGACUCAAAGUUUACGAAUCAGAGGACUCCUGGAGUCUGCUGUCGUCCCUACCUUCGUCCUUCUCGCUGUCCUCGUUGUCCCUGCUGGGUUUAGGAGCCAUUGCCUCCGUCACCGCAUACUGGCUGGUGACCCGUCCACGCCCCAUGCGUCCUCCAUGUGACCUUCAGGCCCAGUCUGUAGCUGUCGAUGGGGACCCCAGCUGCAGGCGAUCUGCUCUUCUUCAAGAUGACUCGCCGCUGGAGUUCUACCAUGACGACACCAGAACGGCUUACGACAUGUUCCGGCGAGGCCUGAGGAUUGCAGGUAAUGCACCAUGUCUUGGUUUCAGGAAGCCAGGCCAACCCUACCAGUGGAUAUCCUACACUAAGGUGGCCGAACAAGCACAGGCGCUAGGUUCUGGUCUGCUGGCAAAAGGCUGCAAGCCCAACCCACAACAAUUUGUUGGUAUAUUUGCACAGAACAGACCAGAGUGGAUCAUUACAGAGCUGGCCUGCUACACUUACUCCAUGGCCCUGGUUCCUCUGUAUGAGACACUGGGGCUGGAGGCCAUGGUCCAUAUUCUCCACCUGGCGGAGAUCUCCUUGGUGGUGUGCGACCGUGAGGAGAAGGCUUCCUCCCUUUUGGAGAACAAGGAGAAGGGCAUCACUCCAAAACUCUGCUGUCUGGUUCUCUUCGACGACUUCAGCGAGGCCUUCAUGGAGAGGGCGAGGGGAUGCCAGGUGGAGGUUCUCAAAUUGAUUAAUUUAAUGGAUCUGGGAAGGCAGAACCUCAAAGAUCCUGUGCCCCCCCAGCCUCAAGAUCUGGCCGUGGUUUGCUUCACCAGUGGAACCACAGGCAAGCCUAAGGGAGCCAUGAUCACCCACGGCAACAUCGCCUCAAACACUUCCUCUGUCAUUAAGAUCCUGGAGGGUUCCUUUGUCAUCCGACAAGAAGACGUUUCCAUCUCCUACCUGCCGUUGGCACACAUGUUUGAGAGGAUGAUUCAGGUGUCCAUGUUCUGCCACGGAGCUCGAGUGGGCUUCUACCAAGGAGAUAUUUCCCUCCUGAUGGAUGACAUCAAAACUCUCAAGCCCACCUUCUUCCCCGUCGUGCCCCGUGUCCUGAACCGCAUUUACGACAAGAUCCUGGGCUCGGUGACGUCUCCGCUGAGGAGAGCUUUGCUUCACUACGCCGUGAAGAGGAAGCAGGCCGAGCUCAGCAGCGGCGUCGUACGCAACAACAGUCUUUGGGACAAACUGGUCUUCAACAGGAUUCAGGCCAACUUCGGAGGAAACCUGCGUUUCGCCUUGACCGCAUCGGCGCCCAUCUGCCCCACGGUGCUCUCCUUCCUCAGAGCCACGCUGGGAUGUCUCAUCUUCGAAGGCUACGGCCAGACAGAGUGCACAGCGGGAUGCACCUUCUCCAUGCCAGGAGACUGGACCGCAGGACAUGUUGGCGCUCCUUUGCCCGGGGCUACAGUCAAGCUGGUGGACAUCCCUGACAUGAAUUACUAUGCAAAGAAUGGAGAGGGAGAGAUCUGUAUCUGUGGUCCCAGCGUGUUCCGAGGCUACUUGAAGGACCCCGAAAGGACGGCGGAAACUUUGGACAGUAACGGCUGGCUGCAUAGUGGAGACGUGGGCCAGUGGCUUCCAAACGGGACGCUGCGCAUCAUUGACAGGAAGAAGCACAUCUUCAAGCUGUCGCAGGGAGAGUACAUCGCUCCAGAGAAGAUAGAAAACGUGUACACGCGCUGCACACCUGUGCUCCAGGUCUUUGUGCAUGGGGAUAGUUUACAGUCUUACCUGGUAGGCAUAGUCGUCCCUGACCCUGAGGUUUUCGUGGUCUGGGCUAAGGAGCGAGGAUUUGUGGACUCGUAUGAAGAACUGUGUGAAAUUCCUGACGUAAAGAAGGCAGUGUUGGAGGACAUGAGAGUGGUUGGAAAAGAGGCAGGGCUCAAAUCCUUUGAACAAGUGAGAGACCUCCACUUGCACCCGGAAACGUUCAGCGUGGCCAACGGCCUUCUCACGCCCACGCUGAAGAGUCGACGUGCCGACAUCCGCAGACUGUUCCAGGAGCAGAUAGCCAGCAUGUACGGCAAGACAGCCUUGUGAGGAAAAAAAAAUCAAACGGCAGCACCUGCAAAAGCUUCGACGACACAUUGGAAACAUCUACCAAGUGCCUAAACAUACGUGUUUUACUUCACUAAUUUACACAAAUCUCUUACACAUAUUCACUCUUAACAUGUACUUUGUGAUCUAAUGGGACCAAAAGCAUUGUUUUACUUAGAGUGGAACAAAUAUUUGUUUCUUAACUUUUAGCGACACGUUGCAUUACUUGAAAAUGUGUAUGUUUUUUAGCCUCACUUGUAACAUGUCUUCCCUCUUUUGUCCUUCAUUUCCCCCUAUUUGGUUUUAUAAACCUAAUGUGAUCCGUUGGAAUGACUCGGCAGCGAUGUCUUGUAAAUAUGGCUUUGCUUCAGAGUGGGCACUACUGAAUUGUGUAGUUCACUAAACAGAAAAUAAAUAAUUAUUUCUUA